CGACUUGGUUUUGUGAAGAAAAAGAAAAAGUUUUGUUUUUUCAAGCUCAGUGAAGCAUCAAAUAACUUUUAAGACCUCUUGUAGCUUGACAGUCACAAACGAUUCUAAUUUGUUGUGGUUGAUGUUAAAGGACUGUUUGUAACGUGAAUCGUUGGUAUCAGAUGUCACCAUGGUUACCAAGAAAUGGGCCAAGAUCCUGUACAGGGAGCAGGGAGUCCCAGACAACUAUGUAGAUGACUCGUUCUUAGACGAACUAAAGAAGAAUUUGCACACAAGGACCUAUGAGUAUUGGAAUGUUGUGUAUGAAACCGGAGUGGUUACCCAACAGCUGAGCAGUGUGUGCAUGUUUGUAGUGGCGUACAUCUUUAUGUUCACUGGCCGACUGUCUCCUUCAUCCUUGCUAUGCGUCAGCGGGUGGCUCACCCUGUGUGGAUAUCCUGUGUUUCGAUGGCUGGAGAGGUCAGACGACAAGGUCAAAGUUCAAAGGUCUGCUCUGGAUGACCUGCGCUCAAGCUGUAUCUUCCUCACAUUCUCAUUCGGGAUGUCCCCGAUACUGAAGACCCUGACUGAUUCCAUCAGUACAGAUACCAUCUACGCCAUGACAGUGUUUAUGUUAUUGGGUAAUCUGAUCUUCUAUGACUAUGGUACUACUAAAGUUGUUGCAUCUCAGCAUCUCUCCCUGAACGCAUCAAUAUUUGCCUCGGUGUGCCUUGCAUCGAGACUACCCACGACACUCCAUGCCUUUGCCACUGUCAUUCUUGCCAUGCAACUCUUUGCCCUGUGGCCCACACUUAGGAAGAGAUUAAAGAAAGAGGUUCCAUGGACCCACUCCAUUAUGACAUGGGUCAGUGCUGGUGUUGCUUUCAUCGCUCUGUACUCUGUGACAGUUGUUCCUGCCAUAGCGUUUGGAUUAGCUCACCUCUUUAUAACCUACAUCUGCCCUCUAUGGCUCAUAAGAUUACAACCAUACAAGAAUAAUAUCCAUGGUCCGUGGGAUGAAGCUAUUAUACAACACUAGCAGCACUCACAUCCGCUGAAUUCACCAAUUAAAGUCUUUCACAACUAUGGACAGCUUUCUGAACAUGCAAAUGCUAUAUCACAAGAAUUCAUCUCUAGCAGCACAGCCGAUGAAUUUAUCUAUCAAGUCUAUAUAUGGACGGCUCUCUGAACAUGUGACUGCUUUACUAUACCACAGAGAUAAAACAAUAGCAGCACAUGAUGAGUUCAUACAUGUAUAUUUUGUUUCUUUUCACACCAAUAGAAAACUUUCUAUACAUGCAUCUGAUAUAUGUGGAAAUCACAGCAUCUCUUCAUAGAAGAAAACUAGAUGCCAUGUACAAAUAAAUUAUAUGUGCAAACGAUUGUGGUAGAAAGUGUGUUAUAUCUGUAGCUUUUAAUAACAACGAUCAAAGAAAGAUUUGAGCAAGUAGUCUUAACCAUGCUGUCUUGUGUACUCAUACUGUGCUUUUCACUGAAUUUGAUUUCCCACAAUCUGCAUCGAUACAGUAUUGGCUGGUCCAAACAACUCAUUAACUGUAAUAUGAUGAACGAUUCACAAUUCAGAUUUCAGAACUACCUUUAAGUCAGUUUCAUUGAUAUGCAAUAUGCAAUUACUAUACAAAUAAGUGUCCUUCUUUGCCUUUGAGGAGCAUUGUGAUUUCCCAUUCAGGAUGAGGCCAAGCCUGUCAUUCCUUCAAAUUACAGAACUGGAAUGGUGAAUGAUGAUAACAACUAGAUAUAUCUGUGUUUCUACCUCCAUUCUAGUCCUGCUAGAAUGGAUUUGCCAAACUUGAAUCCCAUUUUUUACCAUUGAUUUCUUUUCUUUUUUAAGAAAUGAGGAAUGAUUACCAGUAUGCCAUUGUUUAUAUUGAAAAACUUUCUGAUCUGGAAUCAUAUUUCAAAAGUAACAAUGUGUGUUAUUUGAGAUUUCUACUUUGUCCUUCAUGGAGAGCAUUUUAUCAUCAAAAUGGCAUAGUACUUUUUUGUGAACAGAGGACCCCAUUUUAGGGACUGAUUUUAAGGUUUUAGGCAAGAACUUUGAAGAUUUAUUUGUGCAAGUCCCUCACAUAUUAUUCUAAAGGAGGCCUUUUUAAAACUGGGCUGGUUCCAGUAACCUCCUUUAAAAUUGUCAUUACCAGUAUAUGUUAUUAUUAUUUUGUAUAGAUUUUGUUUAUGAAUUUGCAAAAUAAAUAAGUGUAAGUGGAUUAUAUAUUUUUUUGUCCAUUUUGUGUUUUUCUGUAGAUUUAUGUGUUUGAUAAAUCAGAUAUACAAUUGUAUUUUACCUGUUGGUAGAUAGGAGCCCUUUAUGAACCAAGAGAAAAAAAGUUUGAAUGUCUUAAAAUGUUUAAAGAUCGCAUCAGAUAAAAAUGCAUCUUUAUAUCAAUGGAAAGUGGAAUGUAUGUAGAAUACAAAUAUUGGAAUUACAAAUAUUUUUCCUUUCAGCAUUGCACAAGAACCUCAUUUUCUGCACCCCUCCAAAUUAAUGCAAGUCAAUGUGAAUAUGCAUACUCCACAUAAGAUGAUGUCAUCAAGUCCAAAGCUAGUUAACAGGUCAACAAUUUCAAAUUUCCAAAGCUUUAGAUUUCAACCUCGUUGGAAAAAGUCUUUAGGGCUAAGGGAUUACCUUGUUACAUUGAAACCUCCCCUGAUAGGUCAGAGCUUCAAAACAAAAGAAUUAGGAAAAUGGGACAAGCAUAUUCUGAGUGUUUGUUUCAACAGUGUUGAUUGCGAGGCUCUGUUGUUCAGGUUAUGGUUUCUGUUGAAGCAAGAAUCGGAUUCACAGAUAGAACAGGUAUGCGAGGGUGUGUAUAAGUCUCUUUGUUCAUUGUGAUAUUUAGGAAUGGCGGUGAUAUAUAUAUGCAAAAAUCAACAAUUUCAAUGGAUGAUUACCAACACACUGUAACUAAACUAAAGUUUAAGAUUUUCAUCCUCUUCAUGCUUCACCCUCCCAAUUUUACAUUGUAAUGCCCCUUUCUCUAUCAGUCUGCAUCACUUCCUCCAUUUCUCAAUUGUUUACCUUCCAUUCUAUCUAACCCAUAUCUAAUACUCCUCUCUCUCUCUCUCUCUUUAAGAUAUUGAUAUCUUCCAAUCAUAUCAUUUUCUCUCCAUUUUACCUUAAAAUUGCUCAAUUUCAUUGAUUUCUCUACCUAUCAUUGUCUCAAUCUCUCUCUUUCUCUCCCUCUCUCUCUUUUUUUUUUGUAUAUCACUUUCUCUUCAUUGAGUUCUCUCAACCAUUUUCAAUUCCUACAUCUUCCACAUACCUCACUUUGUGUCAUCUUAAUAUCCAACUACUAUCAUUGUUUCUAUACCAUAUAUCCCAUCUUUAGUGUAUAAAUGACAACAAAACAUUGAAAUUCUGACACAAAUGAACACUCGGCACUUUUUGAAUUCCUUGUGAAACCGUACAUGUUUCUAAACAAUAAAGCACUUUUAGAACUAAUCUUUAAGAUCUACAUGUAAUUAAGAAUGAUCUGGCACAAACUUACAUGGAAAUCUUUUAUUUCUACUGAAACAAAACUAUUGAAACAGUGAUUCCAAAUAAAAUAAAGGACAGAUA